UUCAUGUGGUCCAGAGUCCAUAUGAUUUAUUUAUUUGUAAACAAAAAUAAUCUUAAAAACACAAACAUUCAUUUUUCUUCAUUACACCAUUUACCAUUAACCAACAUUAAUUUUAAACAACAUAAACAAUGGGACGAUUAAAUCCAACACCUCUUCUCAUCCAGAAAAGAAGAGUCUCAGGAGAGCCGAUUCCGCAGAGACAAGAAAUGGAAGUGCAAACUGACCCGAUAUUGAAAACCAGUUUGAAGCGAUCUUCGUCAGACAAAUCUAGGGUUGUUGUCAAAAGGGAUAGUAACAAUUUAAGAAGAGAUCCAGAAGUAAAUAAAAAAGAAAUUGCUGCGCACAAUUUCAAUACAAGUCAACCGAAAAAGACACGAGGAUUCAAAGACGAGUACGAAGCAUUUGGGGAGAGCAUAGCUUCUCAGUUGCGAAGCGUUAAAGACCAGUACACGAUUGCAGCGGCAAAGUUUAACAUCCAAAAAAUACUAUUUGAAGCCGAAACUGGAGUCUAUAUGCCAAAUCAGCGCAAACGAAACCGUUCACUGAAAAGAAUUCCAGGAGGCCAAGCAUUAAACACAUCUGAUGAUCUCGCAAAAGCAAUUACAGAAGGCCUACGAAAAAUCAGAGGCAGAAAAUCAUUAGCGUAUGCAAAGAUUUAUUUGCAAAGAGUAGUUUUUAAAGCCGAGGCUGGACUUUAUAACUUCCCAAUGCCAACAUCCUCAAAAAAAGCAAAAUAAUGACAUUUAUUAGAAUUAAUUAUUGUCCUCCAUUGAUCCAUUAAAGAACAUUACUAACAGAA